AUGGCGGGGGUUUUGCGUAAUACUGACCGCCACGUCGAAGUGACCGCCACACCGAUGGCGAGGAUCCGGGAUCUCAUCAACACGACCAACGCCACUAUCACAACCACCGCCACCAUCGCCUCGAACGAACAUCAAACAGCGAAGGGAUCUGAAAACCAACAAAAAGUUCCAAACACUGUGGCGGGCGCAAACACGGACGCGGGCGAGGAUAUCGGCAUCUCGACCCAUGCAGCACUGGCGGAGGUCCUGGAGGACCUCCUGGGAGUCGUCGCACACGGCCGGCAGACGACUAAGCACUCUCAUAUGCAGAUGCAGCAAUCGGCUUUGCUGCUAGCGAUUUUGGAAAGGAUCCACUCAGAGGCGGAGCAGCAGCCGGAUGGAGCACAGCAGCCUGCAAAAUUCAGGAAAUCGCAGGAGCAGGCACAGGCACAGGAACAGGUAGAAGAGCAGGCGGAGCCUCAAGUGGAUCCACAAACGCAGCCGCAGCCGCUUCGGGUCCAGUUGCAGGAGCAGCAGCCUCUGCAGCAGGCAGAGCAACAGCAGCCGGAGGACCGGCAGAUGCCGCAGUCUCGUCUACUUUACCACAGGGCCCUGAGCGAAGGAGACAUGGAGCUUCCAUUGCUGCAAAAGCAGGGACUGCAGCAGAAGCAACAACAGCCGCCACCGCCUCAGCAGCAGCAAAACCUCCACGUGGGGGAGCAACAGCAUCAGGAUCAUCAGCUUCCUCAGCUGACCAUCCUGAUGCCAAGCACUUUCAAAGAUAUCGGCCGGGCGUUAAUGAGCAUCACCUCCGUGAAGACGCACUUGGCUCCGGAGCUGAUCCGCGAGGGGAUACUGCUGACACCCUGGACGGAGUAUCUUGCUGUGCGUCGCACGGUUUCCCCGAACAUGGGCGGUCGGCCCUGCGACCCGGCAUGCUACACCGGCAGCAGUAGCAAGGUCGCGCAGGCGCUACAGGCCGCCGGGCUGCUGCCCACACCGCCUGAUGCAGCUAGGUCAACCAGCGCCAACAGCAGCACCGGCAUCAGCACCAGCAGUAGCAGCAGUGGCGGCAGCAGCGGCGGUACGGCCUCCCUGCAGGACUACUGCGACAGCUGCGGCCCUCCGCUGUGGGUGGUUCCGGAGCAUCUGGCGCUGGGGGUGGAGAGGCAGCAGAUGUCGCAGAUGCAAAUUCACGGCUACAGGCUACAGGACAGCGACGUGCUCAUGGUUCGCCACGUGGGCCCUCAACAGGCGCACUGGCUGUUCCCGGAGCCAGGGAAGGCCCUCUACCAGCCCCAACGACGUAAAGUACACCACCGUUGGUGGAACACUACGGAGGCAGUCCUGGGCCUGGGGGGCUGCUUAUCUGCUGACCCAGACACGAGUGUCUUCGGCGUCACCCCCGCCCUCCUCGCCACCGACAUUUCUGCCAGUGUGUCCCGUUACUGGGACGAGCACCUGGGUGGCGGCUCCAGGCUGCGAGCCCUAGGGGAGCUCCUUCCCAGACGGCGGCCCUUCCUCACCGAGUACUGCUCCUACCACUUGGUGGCGGAGUGCGUCAUGGGUAACGGCACGAUGAACGAGUACCAUGCACUGCGACGCAACGACCAUUUCCUUCGUACUGCUAGCGGCGGCGGCAAUGGCGGCGAGGGUGAGGUGAAGACACCGCUGCUGUACCGCGGGUCGUGGCGCAGCGGAUCGUGGGCUCGCCCUGGUGGCCGCGCGACAACAUGCAAGGACUGUGUCUUCCGGGUGCUUCAAAGCAACGCUGGGGUGUCAGAGUCCAAAGUGGUUAGGGACCUUGAGGAGGUGUUUGCGUGA